AAAUUGUUGCUCAUCUCUAGGAAAUAUACAACUACAAUUGAACUAGCAAUAUUUAAGAGUGUAAUAGAAUUUCAUUUCGUUUCAUCCUACUCUGACUUUUUGUCAGAGCAAACAGCGCGAAACGUAUAAUAUUGUAAACGGCUAAAAUACACAUAUUUAUUACUCUACAAAUGGUAUCGAAGGGUAAUAAUUACCAACAGAACCGGGCCAUGCAGCAGCAACAGCGCUCAAAUGUUCGUGCCGCAAUCGCACCGUACCGCAAGCCUUACCGCGGCCAGGCUCAGGCUCAAGCUCAGGCUCAGAAUCAGGCUCAGGUUCAGGCCCAGGCACCGAAUCAAUUUAUGUACACAUCCUGCCAGAUGCCCAGUGAUCCGCUCUAUAUAGACUUCAAUAGUCCCACGCCCGCACCACCGCCCAAAUUGGCGACGGCCGCACAGACACUGCAAGCCGGCAAUUCGACUGAAGGAGCUGCGGACGGGGGGAAAAAGAAGCAAUUGAAAGCUAAACAGUCCAAGGGCCAUAAACAAUCGCAACAGCAGCAUCCGCAUCCGCAUAAUUCGCACUUUGCUGGGCAGGGCGGCGGCGGCCCCGCAGCUAUGGCCGACAAUGGCUGGCAACCGCAUCCACAUCCGCAUCCAAAGCAACGGUUCCAUGCACCCAAUGGCAAUCGGUUCAAUGGACCACAGCGCAAUGGCUUCAAUAGGCCCCAAAUGAUGGGUGGCGGACCCAUAAAUCGAGGAGGCGGUCGCCACAUGAUGGGCGGACCAGGACCAGGUGGUCCGAUGGGCCCACGGGGUGGCCCAAUGCCGCCAUAUCCCCCUAUGCCUUUUCCAGCCGCCAUGCCGCCGAUGCGCUGCCCCAUGCCGCCAAUGGGCGGUCCACCGCCACCACCGCCUCCCUUCAUGCGUCGCAACGGACGCGGCCCACCACUGCCAAUGCCACUGCCACCGCCACCGCCGCCGUUGAUGGGUCCGCAUAUGCAUAUGGGGCCACGAAUGCCGCUGCGUGGCAUGCCACCGCUGCCCGGCCCGGUGCCCUACAUGAACGGCGGCAGCAUGAACGGCGGCAAGAUCAAGAAGCCGAAUCCCAAGCUGAUCAAGCAGGCGCUCAAGGGCAAGAGCACAAUCAAAACGCUAAAGAAUCUAGUGAAUCAAUAUCCCAUCGACAAGCCGUGGGUGAACGACGAAAUACGCGCCAUCCACGACGAGAAGCUGGACAUUGAGAAUCGCCUCAAAGGCAACAAAGAUGACCAGCUCUUCGCCCAGUUCAAGGUGCAGCGCGACAAAUUUGUGUCCCUCUACGAGAAGGCGCGCGAAGCGUAUUUAAAACAGGAGGCCGCUUCGGUAAUGGCCAAGGAUGCCAAAGAGAAAGACAAAGAUAUAGAUAAAGACAGAAAUGCAAAUUCAAAUGAGAUC